AUUCCCAAUAUCAUUAAUGGAGAGGAUAACUUAAUGCUUUGUGCGGUUCCACAAGAGGAGGAAAUAAGGGGGGCCAUUUGGGACCUCAACUCUCAUAGUGCACCAGGCCCGGAUGGAUACAAUGGGACCUUCUUCAAAACCUACUGGCACAUCAUCCAUGAUGAAGUGACUAGAGCAACCCAAGAAUUUUUCUUGGGUUUGCCCAUCCCUAAAUCCUAUGGGGCGACUCUCCUCACUCUGAUUCCUAAGGUGGACAACCCUAAAUCUCUGGGAGACUACAGGCCGAUCUCAUUAUCCACAUUCCUCUCCAAAGUCAAUACUAAAAUCCUUGCAAAUAGACUGGGUUCAAUCCUUCACAAACUCAUCAGUCCUGAGCAAAGUGGGUUUCAAGCAGGUAAAGGAGUGGAAGAAAACAUCCUCCUCACUCAGGAGAUGAUUCACUGCCUUGACAACACUUCUGGAAGCGCCAACAUUGCUAUCAAAGUGGACUUCGCCAAAGCUUUUGACAGAAUUUCAUGGCAAUUCUUAGAG